CAGAAGAAAAGUGGACAUUUAUGUUUAAGUGAUCAGUCAGAGUUCGGAGUGAAUUGAGGAAGAUUUGAUUGUUUUAGUUUGAAAAGUUCGUCACUUGCACAGGCAUUGAAGUCACUGAAUGUCUGGUGGCAUAUCAAUCGUGCGCAAUCUGAACGGAAUAACAGGCCAAGAAUAACACGAUGUCUAAGCUUCAGCUCGUAUCGGUGCUGCUAUUGUUAGGGUCCUCUCUGGCCUUUGAUUUCGCGGGUUUUGCGAAAUCGACGGGUGAUGUGGCGAAAGUAGCCGGGAAAACUGUCAAAGGAGUCGUCGAAAAAGUGCCGGAGAUCUUCUCACCGGAACAGCUGCUCGAUUUCGGCAAGCAAUCCAUCGCCGGAGUGCCACUGGAAGCGUUGGCCGCGACAAUCAACAAGAUUUGUUCCCUCGCGGUGUCCGCCAAUGCAACGGAAUCCGAUAACUCGGUGAACAUCUCUGCGUUGAACUAUGUCUUGAUGACGGGCUCGGAGAAUGUGACCGUGCCCCUUCUGGAUUCAGACACUCUGUGGAGUAAUCCGCUGUUCAACGAUUCGUCCGACACGGUUAUCCUCGUCACGGGCUGGACCUCGAACAUCAACGGAUCAAAUCGGGCUAUCGAUACCAUCUUCAGUGCCUAUCAGGCACGUGGCGGACACAACUUCGUAGUCAUCGAUACCUCGUAUUUCGUGGAUACUCUGUACACGUGGUCCGCAUUCAACACCAACGAAUUGGGCGAGGCCUUGGCCGUAGGGUUACAACACCUGAUCAACUUUGUUCCGCUGGAGAAGAUUCACCUGAUUGGACACAGUUUGGGGGCACAUAUUGUGGGACGCGCAGGAAGACACUUCCAAACGUUGACGAACGCUUCCAUUCCGAGAAUUACGGGGUUGGAUCCGGCAAAUCCAUGCUUCAACGAGGGUGAAGCCCUGAGCGGAAUAUCUCGGGGAGAUGCAGACUUCGUGGACAUUAUCCAUAGCAAUGCGAAGGUUCUGGGCAAGCGCGAUCCGAUUGGCGAUGUGGAUUUCUAUCCAAAUGGAGUGGUUUCCGUACAACCUGGAUGUCUGGAUCCGUCCUGUUCGCACGCUCGAGCUUGGGAGCUGUACGCGGAAACCGUCCAUCCUGGCAACGAGAACCAUCUGCUGGCGGUCAAAUGCAACUCCAUCCUGUCGCUGGACACCGGAGCCUGCCCGGGCAAAGCCAUUCCCCUCGGAUUCGCCUGUCCUCGGACGGCAAAGGGAAACUACUUUUUGAAAACGAACGAUAAAUUUCCGUUUGGGAAGAAUUUGUAAUGGCCAUUAAUGUAAAUAUAAGUAUGUUGACGUUUUAAUAAACUAAAUGCCUUUAA